AUGAUGUUAAAGCCUGUGAUCAGUAAUCCCUAUGCGCAUGAAAUGGGAUCCAAUGUGGAGCUGGUAUGGCCAGAGUCAGAGGCAUAUUCAUGCUUUGGCCAUCUUCUGAAUAUAGAUAAGAUUCAGUUUAGCGGGCAGAUUGUGCAUGAGGUUGUGUUGCGUAGGGUAGCGGGGCAGGUUCACUCGUCAAGAUUUCCGUUUGAUCUCAGGGCUUCGUUUUGGGGAAGUGCUCUAAGUGUUAAAACUAACACACCCAGGGCUGUGCUACAUCAGUAUGGCAUAGGCCUUGACCAAAAUCACAUCCAUACUUGCUUUGCGGAUAAUAAAAGGAAAAAAGAGCAAGUUGGGUGGAAAAUUAGAAGCAGUUUAGUGAACGUUGUAAAUGGCAAGGUUCCGGCAUGUGGAUUGGAUUGGCAGAACACGUAUAAGGUGUAUGUACCUUGUAUGUUGCCAAAAUAUAAGCAUUGGGUGGCUCUAGAGAUUGAUCUGAUUCAGUGUGAAAUCAAAGUCUACGAUUCAAUGGUUUCACUCAUUCCAGAUCAGAGCUUAAAGGAAGAACUCGGCCCCCUGUCAAUUACGAUUCCAAAUCUUCUGAACACCCUUGACUUUUAUGAAGAAGGUGUUUACGCGAACGAGUGCACCCGAGAUUGGUGGUGUCCGUGGCCAAUACAUCGUGUGGAUGUUCCACAACAGGCUAAUCAAGGCGAUUGUGGUAUGUUCGUGUUGAAGUACAUUGAGUUGUUGAGUGCUGAGAUUCCCUUAGCUACUUGCACCUCGCAGAACAUGCCAUUUUUUCGGUUGAAGUUGGUUGCAGAAAUUGCACGGGGAGAUGCUUACAUGCCAUGA